GGGGCGGGGCAGCUCAGAGGGCCCCUAGCACUCACCCCGUUCAGGCUGCCCAAGUCCUUCACCCAGUGUUCGUCCCUGUCCUGGUCGUAGUUGAUGACGGCAUGCUGCUUGUCCACGCUGCGGGACUGGGGACACACAGACUGCCCUCAGCCCACCUUCCCGGUUAGGACCCCUCCGAGGAUGGUCACCCAGCCCCUCCCCCAGCCACGAGGCCGGUGGUCCUGGCACAAGGCACCCGGCCACUGCCCACCCCACCCCCACCCUGCCGGAGGCCCUGGGCGGCCGGGCGGCCCCUGCAUCCCUCUCUCGCCACCUGAGGAGACCCAGGCCUUGGGACCAGCCCCCGGAGAGGCCAGCAGAACCGGCCAACCUAGGAGGUGUCCAGACCGCCUGGAUGGCAGUAUAUGGCCCCGUGCGCCUGCCGGGCAGUGCCUCCACAAGACACCCGGACCUAUCUGCAAGGGCACGGGAUGGCCCCUGGCCCAGGACCCUAGUGCCCGUGUGACCAUGCCACUCGAGGGUCGUCAGCUCGCACAGCAGCGGGCCUCUGACCGGGUGAGUCUAACCUCGAAACCCACGCCUCACCCCCCGGGCCUCACCUCUGCCCCCAUCCUGGAUCCCUCAUCCAAAGUGGGCACCCACGCCAGCCAGGUCCUGGCCACCCCGGCCGCGGCCUCCUCCCUGGAUGCUGGGCACCACCUCCUCCACCAGACUCUCCUGCUGGUCCCCGACGCAGGCCCGCCCAGCACUCACCCACCCCCACAGCCGGCCCUAGAGACCCUCCACGGCAGCCCCCCACUGGCCCUGGCCUGGGCCUCCCCCACCUGGCACGGGGCUUGCUGGGGGACACUGGCACUCCCUCACCUGGGCCUCAGGCCCCUGGCUGCAGGUGGGGUUGACAAGGACAGCAGCUCUCUGGGGGACCUGAGUGCUCAGCCCGCCUCGCCUCGGGCCGGGUAGCCGUCCCUCGCGAGUCUGCCGUCACAGUGCCGAGAGCCCGGCCUGGUGGCGGAGAGAGCUAGUGCUGCUGGGGGUCUGGGGGCUUGCCUCCACCCGCGCCCUCUCCCAAGCUCAGCCCAGGGCUCCAGGACAGGCCAGCUGCCCGCCUCUGCCCUGCCCGACACUCUGGGUGCCAAAGGAACCCCCCCCCCCGCCUGUGGAAAGUGAGCCUGGAGCCGGGCCUCGCCCUCUUUGCAGCCGGGUAGCAGAUUUUGGGGGGGGGGGGGCAGCUGCAGGCCCGGGAAGAGCCCUGGGAAGGGGCAUGCCAUGGGGCUCUUGCCAGCUCCAUACCAGGAACUGGUGCCACACGGGGCUGGCCCGAGGCAGCAGCAAGGGCACGCUGUCCCUCAGGGUUGGAGACCCCCUUUGCCAAGGAAUAACCCCGCUGGAGGGGCUUCUGGGCUGACCCCCAGCCUGAACAACUCCCUUCCCUCCCCAAGCCUCACACCCCCACUCCCGGACACGUCCCUGGCUACCUUCCGGGCGGCUCAAGCCCAAACCUGACUCCUCCCUCCCUGCCCACGGCCCCACAGCCUCCCCCAGGAACACCACCAGCUGAGGGUCCACCUGUCCCCGCCCUACCCUCUUGCCCCCAGGCACCCACUGGCCUUCCUCCCCAACCCGUCCCCUCCGCAGCCACCUUCCUCCUAUCCUCUCGGCCCCCAUCGGUCCUGCCGUCUUUCUUCUGCAGAAACUUCCCGGGGCUCCAACCAGCCGGAGAGGAAAGGCUGGUCUUGUCCCGUGAGCCGAAGGCCCCGGAGGCCUCUCCGAACCUUCCUCUCCCUGCCCUGCCCCCGGCCAGCCCUCUGGCUCCUUGCUUGCCACAGUGCCCUCAUCUGCACCCACGGCCCGGGCUGCCCCAUCCAGUCCCCAGGCCCGCCCUCCACUCCCAGCCAGGGCUCUGGCACCAGGACCGAUGGGGAGCAGGCGGAGAGGGACCUCUGGAAGCCUCCCUCCCAGCCCUGACACCCCAAGCCCGAAGCAGACCCCAAUUCCACCACGCUCCGGUGCUCAGAGGCUGGGCGUCCACCAUGGGAGGGGGAGGCAGCCCCUUGACCCCCCCAGCCGCCCCGUGGAAAGCAGCCUCGGCACGCACUAGUAAAAUAGCCCCGAGAAGCUCCAAACGUUUCGAGCUUUGGGAAAAGGUCUAGCGACACUUACUUUAAAAGAAAUAAAGACGUGCUUCCA